UGACAGCUUACUAGUCUUUCUUCAAUUUUCAAGAUGGUCGUAUGUCGUUUUCCAAUCAUCACCAAUUUAUAACAUAUUUUCAAUUAAUUUUCUAUUAAAAUCAAAUUAAAUUAAUUUUAUUUUUAUCAGAAUAUUACAAGUGUAUAAUUUCCAUCCAAUAAUCAUGGAUUUCGGAGCUUUGUUACAUGUUGCUAAGAAAAAUAGCGAAACUACCAAGGAUGCAGAUGGCAAAUAUUACAGUACGAAAUUUGCUCCCCCUAAAAAGGAAUCAAAAGAUAAGAAAUUAUCGCACAACAUCCAGAAGUUUCUUGCUAAAAAAGAACAGGAAGAAAGGGAGCGACAACGUUUAGAAAAGCAAAAACUUGACCAAUUGAUGGCUCUGCGCGAUGAAAAGUCCAAAAAUAAAAUCAAGAAAAUGCUGAAAGUCACGAAAUCCGCCAACAAGUCUGUGUUGGACGAUGCCGUCGACAUGGAUCACACGGCUGUGACUCGCGAGGGAGGGGAACAACCCGACCAAGACGAUUAUGGUUACGUUUCGAACGAGGCCAAUGCCUUCUACCAAAAAUACAUAGAAAAAGUCAAAGAUGUUAAAGAAGACAAGCAAUUUGCUCCCAGUCGACCAGCUACUCGAACAGACUUAAAUAGCACAAAGGAUCGCGUCAAGGCAGCUAUUGAGCGUGAGAUAUUGGAGCGAAAUAUGCCACACACUCGUGUGCGAACAUCAACAGCAGCUCCUAAGUUGGCCUCAGCGUUGAUGACUACUGGGUCAUUAAGGAAGAAAGAUCUUUAUGAUCCGGAAGCUGAGAGGGAAAUGGAGGAGAAGAAAAAACGUGAGGAGGAACAACAGAGAAGGGCGAAGAAUAAGAAACCUCCGCCUCCAGUGAUGGAUUUUCAAGCGCUUCUCAAGCUGGCUGAGAAGAAGCAAUUUGAACCUGUUGUAGUGGAAGUGGAGCCGAAGAAAAAGGAGCCCGAAAGACUACUCACGAAGAAAGAGAGGAAGGAACAAGAAGAACGCCAAAAAUUCAUGGAAGAAAGAGAAAGACGUAAAAAGGAAAUGGAAAAGGGCGGAGGAAAGUCGAGUGCGGCAGCUCCGCCAAAAGCACCAGAGAGGCAGAAAAUGGAACCCAAUGGCCGCAUACCCAAAUUGAAUCAAUCUGCUGCUGCUCCAAAAGCACCAUCAUCCUCAUCUACAGCUUCUAGUAGCAGCAAGUCCGUAGAUACAAAAUCAGCCACAUUUAAAAAGCCACUAAAUCCUGUUUCAGCCAGUUCAAGUUCCAGUCAAAAAAGUUCACAUCCUUCUUCGAAGAUGUCUUCCUCGCCAGCAGCAUCAAAAAGUACAAGCAGUAGUGCAAGACCAUUGACAAAUGGAGGAACAUCAUCAUCGUCAAAAGAUAAACCAUCUCAGAAAGCUUAUCCUCCUCCUAGUAAAUUGUCAUCAUCAUCAUCAAGUUCUUCCAAACCUAAUUCCGCUGCAAGCUCAAAGAGUGCCUUGAGUCAAAAUGGAGGCACAAGCUCAAAGAGUGCCUUAAGUCAAAAUGGAGGCAAAGGAUCGUACAAUGGACCAACUAGGGAAUUUCCACCCAAGGAUGUGAAGGCUAGAACUCAACAGGCACCAGCUCAAACAACACGACAAUUCCCACCUUCAGAUGUUCGACGGUCCAAUAAGCCACCUGAGAGAAAACCCCAACAACCAGUGAAAAGAAGAAUCUAUGAUGAUGACGAUGAAGAUGAAUAUGAUUCUGAUUUGGAUGAUUUUAUUGAUGAUGGACCAGAUGGCGAAGAUUAUUCGCAGCACAUCAAAGCUAUUUUUGGUUACGAUAAAUCAAGGUACCGAGAUAUUGACGAAGAUGAUUCUGGAAUGGAGUCCACAUUCGCUCAACAGAUGCGCGAAGAAUACGUUAGUAAAAAAAUUGGUUUAAUGGAAGACUUAGAAGAUAUGCGACAAGAAGCCGAAGAUAAAAAACGUAAAGCGAGCAUGAAGAGAAAAAAGGUGCAUUGAUGAUUUGGACUAUACAAACAACAAUAAAUUAUUGAAGGAUAGUGCAACCUUCUGACCAUAAAUUAUGUUCAAAGUGAUAUUUAUAUAAAUAACUGUAACUAUGUUAUUUUAACUAUUGUUUUAUAUUUUAAAUAAUAAUUAAUGAAAAUUA